AAAGGAGAAGGUAGAAGUAAAAAGAGUUUUAGGUUGAAUUCAAACUCUGAAAUAGGAUCAGAGUUGCAACAUUUAUGCUUCCAAGUUGCAACUCAGAUCCUGAGAUUAAAAACAAUAAAGUUCUCUCAACAAACACAACAUAGAUUUUGCCUUUUUGUAUAUUACUAUUAGAAUUAGAACAUCCGAAACACGCCAUCACUCCCUCUCCUUCUCCUUCCUUUUUCUGUUUGAAAAGUUGGAACCGUUACCUCAACAACCGCUUCACCAAAACCACACUGUUUACUCAAAAACUCUCAUUUUAUUAAUUUCAGUUUUUCUUCAAUAAAACUAGGGAUUUAAGAUUGUUGUGGCUGAGUUUCUGAUGGCGGAACCGAGUCGGACCGCUGGUGUUGAGUCGUCGUCGUCGCCAGAGACCGGAAUUCCGACCGGUUUGAACCGGAUUAAGACUAGGCGGCUUGAGUCGAAGGAAAGGCCGAGUUCAAGGCUUGUAGUAGAUUCCGAUAAGUUGAAUGAGUCUCCUCGUUCUGGAGCUUCCACGCCUCGUUUGAAGCAGGACCAAAGAGCUGCCGCAAAAGGACGUAAAGGACACCGUAAAGGCAGGAAGAUAGCUAGUUGGUUUGCGUCAUAUCUCUUUAAGGAUUUAGAUCAAGCUGGUAGUGGAAUUUCAGUAAAUCAGGUUACUGACAAGGAGGGUCCUGGAAGGAAUGUGCAUAAGAUGGGGAAGCAUGUGACAAUGAGGCAAUCUUCCCAAGGAACAAUGCCUAAUAGUAAAGCAAGCAAAACAUUCAAAAGUUUUUCACACGAGCUAGGUCCAAAAGGUGGCAUUCAACCUUCACCUCCGCGAGCUCACAGCUAUAAUGAUCUAAAGGAGCUGAUUGGAUCUCUUCGUUUAAGAUUUGAUGCUGCUAAAGAAGCAGUGAACACCGAACUAGGCGGUUUCUUGCAGGAGGUUGUAGAAAUUGUACAGAAGAAUGAGAAGAAUGAUUCCUUGCCUCUGGAUGGACAAAAGAUGGCUGAAGAACUUGUUGUUCUUGCUCAAGAUUGUAUCAAAAUGACGUGCUUAGAGUUCCGCUCCAACUGUGAAGCAAUUGUCCAAGACCUGACUAUGAAAAGACAAGAAUGCCAAAUGGGUCUUUUGAAAUGGUUGUUGACACGUAUGCUUUUUAUAUUGACACGGUGCACAAGGCUGUUGUAUUUUGCUAAGGACAGUGAGCCAGUUGAUGAGACAUCUCUGGCCAAGCUUAAAGAAUGUCUAAAUAGAAUCCCUUCUAUUAAAACGGAUUGGGUUCUCAAGCGAGGGAUAUCUGAUUCGGAAGCAGGUUGUACUUUGAACACAAAGGCUGGUGGCAAAUGCAGUUCGGAGGAAGAAAAGACUUCAAAAUUUUCCUCCCUUGUUCCCCCUAUUCAUUUGGAGUCUCAUUCCUAUAUAUGUGCUUAUGCAGAGAAAUGUGAUUCGAAAUCUCUAGAUGUAGAUGAGCGCCUUCUGAAAUUUGCAGAGUUACUGGAUCAGCUUGUGGAAUCACGUAAUUUAGGAUUUCAUGCAACGUCUGAGAUCCAAGAAAAUUCAAAGCUGAGAAGUGCAAAUUCUGGGAAUACAUCUGAAAGUUAUUCACCAAAUAUGGGUGAGUGGAGAAGCAAAGGGAUAGAUGGAAUGUUCGAGGAUCUUCAUGAGAUGGAUACAGCCAGUAUAGAGGAUUCUCCAUUAGCAGCAUUCGUUAAUUUGAAGAGUCACUUGGGUGCAAAGUUUAAUCAUUGUGGCCCACCAUCUUCAACAGGGAGCAUGACAUCAGUAUCCUCCACAAAUACCCCUCGGGCAGUAAAUUUUGACUUCUGGUUAGAGCAUAACAAUCUUUCUGAGCUAGAGGAUGUCCAGCAGAUUGCUGAUUUAGCAGAUAUUGCACGUUGUGCGGCCGGAACAGAUCUUUCAGAAGAAGGAUCUCAUGAGCCUUUAAUUGCUUUCAUGCAAGACCUACAAUAUACUUUACAAAAUAACAAGCUAAAAGCUCUUGUAGUAGAUACAUUUGGGGGACGAAUAGAGAACCUUUUGCGAGAGAAAUAUAUACUUGCUUGUGAUCUUGUGGAUAGAAAAGACGGUUUUGGACAUUCAGAAGGCUCCAAAAUGUUAGUGGAUAAUUCAUCUCAUUCCAGUAUAAUGUCAACUCCUUCAAGUUCAUCACACAAAGAAAGAACAAGCAUUGAUGAUUUUGAGAUUAUCAAACCAAUCAGCAGAGGUGCCUUUGGCAGAGUUUUUCUGGCACGCAAGCGGUCAACUGGAGAUUUAUUUGCAAUCAAGGUUCUCAAGAAAUUAGAUUUGUUGCGAAAGAAUGAUAUUGAGCGCAUAUUGGCAGAGCGCAAUAUAUUGAUUACCGUCAGAAACCCUUUUGUGGUCCGAUUUUUUUAUUCAUUCACCAGCAGAGACUACCUUUAUUUGGUCAUGGAGUAUCUUAAUGGCGGUGAUCUAUUCUCUCUGCUUAAAAAAGUUGGUUGCCUUGAGGAAGAUGUAGCUCGAACCUAUGUCGCGGAAUUGGUCCUUGCUCUGGAGUACCUUCAUUCUUUAGGAAUUGUCCAUCGUGACCUCAAGCCAGACAACAUAUUAAUUGCUCAAGAUGGGCAUAUAAAGCUUACAGAUUUUGGUUUGUCGAAAAUUGGACUAAUGAACAGUACGGAUGAUCUAUCUGGACCCGACACAAAGGAUGUAGUGCUUCCUGAUGUUCCAGAUCAUCUAUUGGACAAAUCUCAACGGUCAGCUGUUGGUACCCCUGACUAUUUGGCUCCGGAAAUUCUUCUUGGAACUGAGCAUGGUAGCGCUGCUGAUUGGUGGUCAGUAGGAAUCAUUUUGUUUGAACUCAUCACUGGGAUUCCGCCUUUCAAUGCCGAGCACCCUGAGGUUAUCUUUGAUAAUAUUCUUAACAAGCAAAUCCCCUGGCCGUUUGUCCCAGAAGAGAUGUCCCUUGAGGCACAAGAUUUGAUUGACAGGCUUCUUGUUCAUGACCCAAAUCUGCGCCUUGGAGCAAAAGGAGCAUCAGAGGUAAAAGCACACCAAUUUUUCAGUGGAGUUGACUGGGAUAAUCUUGCCUUACAGAAGGCAGCCUUUGUACCACAGACUGAUGGUGUUGAUGACACAAGCUAUUUCGUAUCCCGUUAUGGUCUAAGUGGAGUGCAAGAUGAUGAAGAUUGUAAUGAUUCUGCUUCCGACAGCUCUGAGUUCUCGUCGAACUUCGCACUUGAGAAUAUGGAUGAAUGUGGUGAUCUCGCUCAGUUUGAUCCUUCUCCUCUUGAUCUGUCCUUGAUGAAUUUUUCUUUCAAGAAUCUCUCUCAGUUGGCAUCCAUCAACCAUGAUAUGCUCUUGCAAAGUGGCUUCGAUUCUUCAAGGUGCUCAUCUCCCUGUAAGGGUCCAAGUGAAUAAGCUACAUAUUCUUUUAGUUUCAUCAGUGCAAAUAAAUGGAACUAAAGAAUAGGUAUUGUAAAGGGGGACGUACCCCGCCAUCCACAUGGAAUUUGUCAGAUCUCUCAUACAACAACAACGGCCCAGUGAAAUCCCAUUAGUGGGGUUGUUGGAUCUCUCAUACAGGAAAAAAAAUGAAUGAUAUUUGCUGUACAUGGAAUGUGGAAUGUAACAUUCUAAUGCAACAUCUCACAACCAAAGCUUAUAGUUUAGUGGUACUGGCAGAUGUCAUUCACACAAUAUAUGUGGGUUGGAUUCUCACUGUCCAAUUUUCCUCCCCUUUUCUCAUGUAAUAGAAAAUAAAAUAAAGAAUUAAAGAUACUCAACAUUCUCGUCGUCAAGGUUGGAGGUUAUUUCUUUCACACUGUUGACAAGCUCAACUGUUGCUUGCGAUUGAAUAUCUGAUGCCCAAUUGAAACUA